AUGAAUGUAACAGUAUUAGAACCUCCAACAUUAUCUUAUUUUACUGGUAAUGCUGAAUGGGAACUUAAAAAUGUAACUGUUAAAAGAAUUGAAUUUCCAGAAGAAGAUGAAUGGAGAGUUGAAGUACAAUAUAUAUUUCAAUUAAAAAGAAGACCAAUGUUUUAUUUAACAGUUAUUGUUGCACCUAAUUUUUUAAUAUCAUUUUUAUCAAUACUUGGAAUUUUUUCACCAGGUUCAAAUGAUGGUCAAAGAAAUGAAAAAGUUUCAUUAGGAUUAGGUUGUCUUUUAGCAAUGACUGUUUUAUUAGGAAUUGUAGCAGGUGCAAUGCCUAAAUCAAAUUCAAUUCCAUUAUUAGGAUAUUAUAUUUUAUCAGUUAUAAUAAUAUGUGCUACAGCUGUAGCAGUAUCUAUGUCAUUUUUAACAAUAAAUAAAAGAUAUAUUGACAAUAAUAAGAUGCCAACAGAUUUUGCAUACCGAUUAAUGGGUGUUAAACCAAGAACAAUUGAAAGUCGAAGACAUUAUUCUAAGAUUAGCAGUUCGUUUAUGUUUACUACUACUGACAGGGUAAAAAGAAAUAAAAUAUUUACUGAAUUUGAAACUCCUGGUAUUGAAGCUAUAUACAAUGAAUUGUCUAGUAUAAUACGAUACCAUCAAAAUUUAAUCUUUCAAAUGAAAAAGAAAGAAGCUAAAAAAGCCAUAGAACAUGAAUGGAAUAAAAUUUUUGUUAGAGUUGAUUACUGCUGUCUAAUAUUUUUUGAAUUAUUAAAUAUACUAACAUUAAGUUUUUUUUUAAAAUUUUCCUGGAACUCAGCUCCAUUACAACCAGAACAAUUAAUAUGA